GCGGGGUAUAAAUAUGUCGUCUGAAUCCCUGCUGGAGUGAAACGUUCUUCAACGGUUGUAUUGCGGAUUUUCUUCACAUAAACUGGCAACCUGCAGACGUUGUUCAGGGGGAGGCGCUAGUCCGCAGUAGUUUCUGGAAGGAACCUCAUGCUUGCACCAUGGCGAAAGUUUCAGCAUUAAAGGACCAGGGCAACAAGGCUCUAAGUGCAGGAAAUAUCGAUGAAGCUGUGCGUUGCUACACAGAAGCCUUGACUCUUGACCCGUCAAACCACGUUCUGUUCAGUAACCGCUCAGCUGCCCACGCUAAAAAAGGCAAUUAUGAGAGCGCUCUCCAGGAUGCCUGUCAGACCAUCAAGAUCAAGCCUGACUGGGGAAAAGGGUAUUCCCGCAAAGCUGCUGCGAUGGAAUUUCUUGGCCGAUUGGAGGAUGCAAAAGCAACAUACCAGGAGGGACUCCGCCAAGAACCGAGCAAUCAGCAGCUAAAAGAGGGUUUACAGAACAUCGAGGCCCGACUUGCAGAAAAAUCAAUGAUGAACCCAUUCGCCAUGCCCAACCUGUAUCAGAAGCUGGAGACUGAUCCUCGGACCCGCGACCUCCUGUCAGACCCCAGCUACAGAGAGCUGCUGGAGCAGCUGAGGAACAAGCCCUCCGAUCUCGGGACGAAACUGCAGGAUCCAAGAGUGAUGACAACACUCUCUGUGCUGCUCGGACUGAACCUGUCUGAGAUGGAAGAAGAAGAGGAGCCCACUCCUCCUCCCCCCAAACCUAAAGAAACUCAGCCCCCUCCCCCUAAAGAGGAGGAUCUCCCUGAAAACAAGAGAAUGGCCCUGAAGGAGAAAGAAGAGGGGAACACCGCUUAUAAAAAUAAGGACUUUGAGAAAGCGCUGAAACAUUAUGAAGCAGCAAUGAAGCACGAUCCAACCAACAUGACUUAUUUAUCAAACCAAGCAGCUGUGUUUUUUGAGAAGGGAGACUUUGACAAAUGCAGAGAUCUGUGCGAGAAAGCCAUCGAUGUUGGCAGAGAGAACCGAGAAGAUUACAGACAAAUAGCAAAGGCUCUGGCUCGAAUUGGCAACUCGUACUUUAAGCAAGAAAAAUACAAAGAAGCAGUCCAGUAUUUCAACAAGAGUUUGACGGAGCACCGCACCCCUGAUGUCCUGAAGAAAUGUCAACAGGCAGAGAAGAUUCUGAAGGAACAGGAAAAGAUAGCCUACAUCAACCCUGAGUUGGCGCUAGAAGAGAAGAACAAGGGAAAUGACGCCUUCCAGAAAGGAGACUACCCAGUAGCCAUGAAACAUUACUCUGAGGCCAUCAAGAGAAACCCCACCGAUGCCAAACUCUACAGUAACAGAGCCGCCUGCUACACAAAGCUGUUGGAGUUUCAGCUCGCCCUGAAGGAUUGUGAAGAGUGCAUCAAGCUUGAGCCCUCAUUCAUUAAGGGAUACACGCGUAAAGGAGCUGCUUUGGAGGCCAUGAAAGAUUAUUCCAAAGCUAUGGAGGUCUACCAGAAGGCCCUAGAGCUGGAUUCUUCUUCAAAGGAGGCCUCAGAAGGCAUGCAGCGCUGCAUGGUCAGUCACGCCACGAGAAACGACAGCCCAGAGGACGUCAAGAAGAGAGCCAUGGCCGAUCCUGAGGUGCAGCAGAUCAUGAGCGACCCGGCCAUGCGCAUGAUCCUGGAACAGAUGCAGAAGGACCCUCAGGCACUUAGCGACCACUUAAAGAACCCAGUUAUUGCUCAGAAGAUUCAGAAGCUCAUUGAUGUGGGACUGAUAGCCAUCCGCUGAUGUGAGACCAGACCCGCGUGUGAGGAAAGUCCAAGACAAGAGUGGAACAACAUGCAGAUCCCUCAGAAAUAAUAUAUCCUCUCUUUUCUUGCCUUUAAAAUUCAGAAUUGCAUUGUCCUCAGUCUCUCUGGGACUUUGUGUGUAUGUUAUAUUUGUUUCUUUUUUUUUUAAUGGGGUUCACAACAUUUGACUUAUGUUGGAGCAGCUUCUAUGUCUACUGGAAAACAUCAGGACCUGGGGCAGCUUGAUCGGGGGAAAGAAACUGAAUUCACUUGGACAGAUGCUGUUAUACAUCUUAAAAUAAACAUCACAAUGCAGCGCAUUGUCGUGCUCUGUGUUUCAAGGAGAAAUCCACCCUGAAGCUGUUCUCAUAUUUGUACUGGUUCAGAGUUUUAAUAAAUGCAUCAAAAAUAGAAUAUCCUGUGCUCAAGUUCAAGAUGACAGGUUUAAGACAUUUCCUCAGAGCUCAAGUCGACAUGAGGUAUCAGAUUGAGGUGCUUUUUUCUUUCUUUCUGUCUGUCUUUCUUUCUUUCUAUCCAUGUGCUGCGAUCAUUCAGGUUGGGAAAUCCUUUGGCAUCUCAGGUAUAUCAUUAAUCUGAUCCAAUGGGUAUCUGGUAUAGAUCAGCUUGACAGAAAGGUCUUAACCUGACAGGAGGUGUAUUAACGUGGUCUGAGUGGAUGCCAUCUGACUGGCCUUAGCCUUUCCCUGCCUCAAAAUAAAUUGCCUGACCAACUGCCAGACUUGAAUAGUUCAAUAUCAUGGGAAAUACAGUGGAAGGGUGGAUUUAGCCUCAUAAACGAGCCAGUAUUGGUUGUCUGACAGUAUUUUCUGACCGUAAACAUCUUGUUGAAUGAUAUUUUCCACCUAGCAGGGCAGUUCUUGGGGUUUAUUGACGCCAGCCUUUUCUGAUUCCAUGUGUCUGAUUCACCAGUCCUGAUUACAGUUUUCCCAACUUUGGUCUUCAGGGAGAAAAAUUGGGACAUUUAUAUUUUUUGAUAAUUUUGCCGCCACUUUUUGAUACCUCAAAAUCAGCAAAUUGUCAGUGUUUCUGUUUUGUAUGUUAAAAGAGAGGCAUAUAUCUUCAGAGUGGAAUGGUCAUGCUCUGUUUUGGCAUGCCACACACAUUUCUCCAUUGUUUGUGAUGCAAAGCUGAAAUGGAGAGUAGGGGCAUUUCUUUUCCUGCACUAGCUCUAAUGUAAUCAUAAACCACAUGCAACCAAUGUAGAACUCGCAUUAUGUAAAGGAACCUCCCACAGGAGUUGUCAUGUAUUAACGGAAUUUAGUCGAACAAUGAAAUAUACAAUAUUUGAAUGUACAUCAAAAGUCAAAGGUGGCUUUUAUUUUUGUCCUGUAAGACCAACAAUGUUCGUUCCAGUUUGAGACCUCAUCAAAACUGGGUCUAACAUGCCUUACAAGACACAUCAAGUAUAAUAAAGAGGUUCUCCGUGCAAGAAAUUGUGUGAAUUGUUACCCUAGUCAAACUUUG